AUGUCCGAAAAAGCAGUCGACGAGAAGCCCGGCGUCCGCUUUUCAGACGAUGCGACCGAGAUCCCUCCUGCGAAGCCGCCGCGCCCAAUGAGCCCGCAGCAGCAGGCUACAAACACGCUCAUCGAAGCAUUUCCUGGCACCGAUCCCAAGGUUGUGAAAGCAAUUCUCAUUGCCAGCGACUGGAACGUUGAGAAGGCCUUCACUUCAUUGCUCAGCAUGUCGGAUCCCAACUUCAAAGACGAGGAAGCUCCUCUCCGCCUAAGCCUCCGCGGCCGACACAACAACCACGAAGCCAGGUUGAGCAAGACGAAAUAUACGCUCGGCAACUCGCUGAGCAUUACCAGACAACAGCAGAGGGAGGCUCAUGAAGAGGAUGACCAGAGCUUCUUCAACAAGGAAGAUGUUGACGAGAUCCGCCGUAAUCUGGAACAGGGUUUCGACGAGACGAAGAAAACGCUCACUGGAUGGUUCAACAAUUUCAAGAAGAAGUUGGACGGCGAGCCCGACAAAUACGACGAGUAUGGCAACGAGGUGUAUCGUCAUGACCAACGACAGAAUUUCGGUCCCUCGCAGUCGGAUCAACUCCGCGGUAUUCGCAGGUCUGCUGAAGCGCGCCGAUCUGCCGAUCACAACCGCUACGACAACGACAAUCGCAUGUUAGGGGACGACUUCGAAGCUCUUGAGCUAAGGGACGACGAAGGUCAAGCCCACCAGCGGUCAAAUCGCCCACUCGCCAACCCCGACCUCUUCAAGCCUACGCCCGUCUCACCGCCUCAGAGCGGACCCGUUGACGAAGUCGAUGCCCUAUAUCGUAACCCUUCACCGAACGGCCAACAGACCGGCGUUACGGGUAACAAGUCAGGAGGCAAGAAGUGGCAGCCUCUGACCUCAGUAGCGCCGCACCCAGAGUCGGACGAGCACGACCCGUUCAGCCUCGGCGACAGCGACGAUGAAGAGGCGAAGACUAAGGAUAUUAAGGCUGAGGAUACAGAGCGAUUAAAGAAGGCAGCCGAGGCCAAGAAGGUCGAGCAGUCCACAUCGGCUGAGCUGACACCUGCUGGGCGGAGUGGCAGUGUUGGGCAGAAAGAUGCUGCAGCCGAGGCACUGUUGAAGGAGGCGAAGUAA